CACUAUUUAAUCAACUUGCGAACAUUUAAUUAAAGCCAAUCGACGCAGCUGCUGCUAAUUAAUUUUUAAGUGCAAUAAUGCCGCCGAACUUCGUUGAUGUGUCAUAUCCUGAACCUGUCACGGUUGAGGAUGGACCAAAGGAGAAUGGGGGGCCACCGUCUCCGGGGAUAUCUACCCACGCGGGGCUGAAAGCUGUGAGGUCCUUGACGACUCUGCUGACCCACUUGUUUAUCGGAAUUGUCGUGGGAGUUUCGCUGUUCUGGUCAUUCAGGAAUGGUGUGCCGAUUGGUCCCACGCCACAACACGUAGUUUUAUGUGUCAUAGGGUUUCAAUUCCUAAUGGCAGAGGCCAUUCUGUCCCUGGCUCCAGACAGCUGGUGCUCCACUUUGAACCUCAAGCACAAACGCUGGGUUCACACUGGCUUACAACUGGUCGGCUCCAUACUGGCUCUGGUCGGCUGCUUCAUCAAGAUCGUUGACAAGAACGUUAACUUUAACACAUUACAUGGACAGUAUGCUCUUGUGUCGAUGGUCUUCACAUCGGUGUCUUUGGUCAACGGUUUGACUUCCCUGUAUGCGUACGAGCUCCGUAAGUUUAUACCAGGAAUCCUGUCAAAGCUGACGCACAUUUGCUUCGGAGCCGUCGCGUUAGUCACUGCCUCUGUAUCUUUGUGCUACGGCUUUGACAAAAACUCCUUCAGAAAUGCGGUCACCAGCCCCUUUACUGACACCCUCAUCGUCAUGACAGGCGCCUUGACCACCAUCAUCAUUAUUAAUCCUCUUCUCACUAUGUACGCUAAAUUCCUUGGUGUAAUUAAGAAAUAUGCAAAAAUGCCGCCGAACUUCAUUGAUGUGUCAUCUCCUGAGCAUGUCACGACCGUGGAUGGGCCGAAGGAGAACGAGGCAACGUCUCCGACGAUAUCUACACACGCGGGGUUGAGGGCAGUGAGGUCACUGACCACUCUGCUGACCCACCUGCUGAUCGGGAUCGUGGUGGGUGUGCUGCUCUUCUGGGCGGUCAACAAUGGCAUACCGAUGGGCGCAACCGCACAGCACGUGGUUUUAUGUGUUAUUGGGUACCAAUUCUUAAUGGCGGAGGCCAUCUUGUCCCUGGCCCCUGACAGCUGGUGCUCCACGUUGAGCCUCAAGCACAGACGCUGGGUUCACACUGGCUUGCAACUGGUCGGCUCCAUCUUAGCUCUGGUCGGCAGCUUCAUCAAGAUCGCUGACAAGACCACACAUUUCAACACGUUACAUGGACAGUUUGCUCUCGUGGCCAUGGUAUUCACAUCGGUAUCUCUGGUUAACGGCCUGGCGUCCCUAUACGCAUAUGAACUCCGCAAAAUCAUCCCGGGUAUCCUUUCCAAGCUGACUCACAUUUGCUUCGGGACCGUCGCGCUGGUCACUGCCUCCGUGUCCCUCUGCUACGGCAUCGACAAAGGCUUCUUCAGAAAUGCCAUCAGCACCAGCUUUGCUGACGCCCUGAUCGUCAUGACAGGCACCUUGACCACCAUCGUCAUUAUUAAUCCUCUUCUCACCAUGUACGUCAAAGUCAACGGCAUUAUUAGUAAUUAAAAAACUCAUGUAAUUUGAAGUAUUUU